GACGCGUGUGAGGUCGGCGGGUCCCCGGAGGAGUUCGUGUCGGUCCGGUCCCGGAGCCGGCCCCCGGUCAGCAUCCUCCUCUCCACCGUCCUGUUCUGCGCGGAGACGGCGGCCGCCUGCUGGGUGUCGGCGGAGUACAGCCGGUCGGAGGACGAGGUGUGGAUGGCUCUGACCAUCGUCUUCAUGCUGGUCCCCUCCAUCAUGGUCCAACUCACCCUGACCUUCAUCCACCGGGACCUGGGCCGGGAUCGCCCGCUGGUACUGCUCCUGCACCUGCUACAGCUGGGACCCAUCAUCAGGUGUGUGGAGGCGUUAAUGAUAUACUGUCAGAUGGGUCGUGAGGAGGAACCCUACGUGAGCAUCUCCCGAAAAAAAAGCAUCUCCGCGGCUGGGGGGUGUUUGAAGAAGAAGAACGAGAGGUGGGACACACCCUGCGGAGAAUGGCCACGCAUCGGAAUGCCUUCAAGCGUACGGCUGUCAUUCAAGCUUUUCUCGGCUCCACCCCACAGCUCACCCUUCAGUUGUAUGUCACCGUCCUGCAGAGAUACGUACCCACCGCACGAGCUGUCCUCAUGGCAAUGUCUCUGGCCUCCACCACCUACGGCGCUUUGGUUCUCAACAUCUUGGCCAUCC